UUAUAUAAAACAAUUGUACGCAUGCGUAUAGAUGGAAAUCUUCCGCGAAAAUUCGGCUGUUUUAGUGGUAGAAGGUUGCGAGACGUUUGCAGCCACAGUGCAGAUGAUAUCGAAUUAAUUCUGUAGAUAAAGAUACAUAGAAGGUACUGCUGCAUGCUGGGUAGUUGGUAGUAUAUGAUUAUAAACAAUGAAUGGGCAAGGGAGCUGUAAACACAUCAAUGGAAGGGGAGACCACCAAGAUAGGGUGGCUAUCUUGGAUGCAGGGGCCCAGUAUGGCAAGGUCAUUGAUAGACGAGUUCGAGAACUCAGUGUAGAAUCUCAGAUCCUGCCAUUGGAUACACCAGCUUUUACAUUAAAAGAGGGAGCUUAUACCGCCAUCAUCAUAUCAGGAGGACCUAACUCCGUCUACGCUGAGAAUGCUCCAAGGUAUGAUCCUGAGAUAUUUACAUGUGGACUGCCAGUGUUGGGGAUCUGUUACGGAAUGCAGCUGCUCAACAAAGAAUUUGGUGGUACAGUACAUCCUAAAGAGGCACGAGAAGAUGGACAAUUCACAAUAACUAUUGACACAAAUUGCUCAUUAUUCAGGUCCCUAAAGAAAGAGCAGAAUGUGUUGCUAACCCAUGGAGAUAGUAUAGACACAGUGGCCAGAGGCUUUACUGCUGUAGCUCACUCGGGAAACAUCAUUUCAGGGAUAGCCAAUGAGGAUAAGAAAUUGUAUGGUGUUCAGUUUCAUCCUGAAGUUGACCUAACAGAACAAGGGAAAGAAAUGAUGACUCACUUUCUGUUUGAUAUUGCUAAGUGUAAAGGAAGUUUUACCAUGCAAGGACGGGAAGCCGAGUGUUUGAAAUACAUCAAGGAUGUCACAGGAGAUCACAAAGUCUUGAUGCUGUUAAGCGGAGGUGUGGAUUCAACAGUUUGUGCUGCCUUGCUACACAAGGCCCUGUCUGAAGAGCAGGUCAUAGCAGUCCACAUCGACAACGGUUUCAUGAGGAAAAAUGAGAGCCAUAAUGUAGUGCAGUCUCUUAGCAAAAUAGGACUUAAUGUUAAAGUUAUAAAAGCGGCACAUACAUUUUACAAUGGUUCCACUUGUAUUUCUGUAAAGACCGGAGAUUCAACUUCUCGUAAACGCAAGACAGAGAGGCUCAAUACUGUUGUAUGUCCGGAGGAGAAGAGAAAAAUCAUAGGGGACACAUUUAUGAAGGUAGCCAACGAAGUAAUAGAAGAAUUAAACUUGAAACCAGAGGAUGUCUACUUAGGUCAAGGAACCUUAAGGCCAGACUUGAUAGAGAGUGCCUCAGAAAUGGCCAGUGGUAAAGCAGAUGCCAUAAAAACGCACCAUAAUGAUACAGAGUUGGUGAGAGAACUACGCAAGCAAGGUCGUGUGGUGGAACCACUGAAAGAUUUCCACAAAGAUGAGGUCCGCACCAUUGGGAAAGACUUGGGUCUUCCACAUGAUCUUGUCAAUAGACACCCCUUCCCAGGGCCAGGACUUUCCAUCCGUGUUAUAUGUGCAGAAGAACCCUACAUGUGUAAAGAUUUUGCUGAAACAAGUGUUUUGCUCAAAUUUUUGUUGGACUUCUCAAAUUCAGUUAAAACACCACAUACUUUAAUAACAAGGCUGAAAAACAGUACCUCAGAACAGGAACAAGAACAAUUGAAGCAGAUCAGUGAAGAGGCUCAGCUAUUUUCUUCAUUGUUACCCAUCAAAACUGUCGGUGUUCAGGGAGAUUGCAGGUCCUAUAGUUAUGUGGUGGGGAUAUCCAGUGACAGUGAACCAAACUGGAAGAACUUGAUGGUAUUAGCCAAACUCAUACCAAGAAUCUGCCAUAAUAUCAAUAGGGUGGUGUAUAUUUUUGGAGGCUCUGUGCGAUUCCCUGUAGAGGACAUUACCCCUACCUAUCUAACCAGUGGAGUAUUGAGCACCCUGAGACAGGCUGACUACCUGGCCACCGAAGUGUUACAGACCACGGACACUACAUCCAAACUCAGCCAGAUGCCCGUCAUUAUAAUACCUGUCCACUUCGACAGGGACCCUGUCAAAAACAUUCCUUCUUGUCAAAGGUCUAUAGUGAUUAGAACAUUUAUAACCAAUGAUUUCAUGACUGGGAUUGCUGCAACACCAGAUGAACACUUUCCAGUCCAGGUUUUGAACCAGAUGGUAGAGAGAAUCUCAACAGUGCCAGGUAUAUCCAGAGUGUUGUAUGACCUCACUUCCAAACCCCCAGGAACCACUGAAUGGGAAUAGUGAAACAGGAACCACUGAAUGGGAAUAGUGAAACGGGAACCACUGAAUGGGAAUAGUGAAACGGGAACCACUGAAUGGGAAUAGUGAGCUGAAAACAGCAGGGAGAAAAUGUUAUGUGCUUCACUGAAAUCAUUAGGAAAUAUUUUAAAAUAAUGCUUGACAAAACACAAUAAAUUGUUAUAAUAAAGUAUUUGAACAAUU